CAGGGUCUGGGACGGCUGGAGCUGUGGAGGAAGUCUAGAGCAGCAAGAAGUAAACAGAGACAUGUGACAUACAGAGUUGGUUUAUUCUGUUUACCACCUCGGUGAGAAAGCUUGAACAGAGAAGAAAGCAGGAUGGUGAAAAUGGAGACCUCCAGUACGUCCAAAGAUUUGCAGGAGCUGCAGAGGAAGCUAGUUUCAUUGAUCAAUUCCAUCCAGAGCAACUCUAAGGUGAUUGCCUUUAUGAACUCUCCAGUUGGUCAAUACCUAGAUAAACAUCCCUUUGUUGCCUUAACCUUGCUGGUGUUUAUUAUGGUAUCUUCCAUUCUUGUUGGAUUCUUCCUGCUGCUUGUGGUCUUGAUGUCUCUGGCAGCCUGUGUUGGAGUUAUAUUAGUGGAAGGAUUCGUUAUAUCUGUGGGCGGCCUCACCUUGCUCUGUGUACUAUGUGGCUUAGGUUUCGUGUCCCUGGCCAUAUCUGGAACACUCAGUGUGUGCUAUGUGGUGCUCUCAAGCCUCACCAACUAUUGGUUCUCUUUCAGCACACUAAAGCAUCAGCAAAUCCUUAGAAACAAGUGCCCAGUGACCAUCCAAAAUCCCAACUCUACAAGACAUGACUGAAACCAAGACUUUAUUUUAAAGGCUUUAGGGGUCAUAUUGUAUUUACAACAUUGGAUUAUGGCUUUUUUCAGGGUGCAGGACUAAUAGGAUUAGUAGGUGAUCACCACCAUAGAAAUAUCCGUUAGUAUUUUCAGGUUGAUUGUUGAAGGAUCUCUGGGACAACAGGAUGCUGGCAGAUUCACAUGGUCUCUUCAUGUUGUUGACACAGCUACAGUCAGGAAGGCUUUAUCAAGGGGCCAUACCCACAAGAGCAGUACUAGCAAGUCUUGAAAAUGACACAAUUCCCUCCUUUUCCCCAUCCUUCUUCCAAAGUUAAA